UGAAGGCGCUUCCUGGAGGCGGAUUUUCUAUGUGACAGCAGCUGGGAGCCCGAGGAAGAGGGGGUCAGUAGAAAUCAAGAAUAUUCCGUGGAUUUAAUUUCAGAGCUAACAUGGAGCUGGCCCACAGCCUGCUUCUGAAAGAAGAUGCCUUGGCACAGGUCACGGAGGCCAAGAAGUCUGUAUUUAUAUUUGAAUGGCUGCGGUUCUUAGACAAGGUUCUCAUUUCUGCAAACAAGACCGAUAUUAAAGAAAACCAGAAGAAACUUGUCGAACAACUCACUGGGCUCAUAAGUAGUUCCCCUGGACCGCCUACACGGAAACUGCUUGCAAAGAACCUUGCCACACUCUACAGUAUUGGAGACACCUUCACUGUUUUUCAAACUUUGGACAAAUGCAAUGAAAUGAUCAAAAACAAAGAUGAUACUGCUGCCUACCUACCAACUAAACUGGCUGCUGUUGCUUGUGUUGGGGCCUUUUAUGAGAAGAUGGGUAGGAUGCUAGGAAGCUCGUUUCCUGAGACUGUAAAUAAUCUCUUAAAAUCACUGAAGAGUGCAGAGUCUCAGGGUCGCAGUGAAAUCUUAAUGAGCUUGCAGAAAGUCCUUAGUGGUCUUGGCGGGGCUGCAUCUUCCAGUCACAGAGACAUCUACAAGAAUGCUAGAUCCCUUCUGACAGACAGGUCUAUGGCAGUACGAUGUGCUGUAGCCAAGUGUUUGUUAGAACUUCAAAGUGAGGCUGUAUUCAUGUGGACAGCAGAGUUGGAAAAUGUGGCUACACAUUGCUUCAAAUCCUUAGAAGGUUCCAACUAUGGCGUAAGAGUUGCUGUUUCUAAACUCCUGGGAACAGUUAUGGCCACAGCAUUAAUGCCAAAACAAGCUACAGUGAUGCGUCAGAAUGUUAAGAAAGCAACACUGGAGGAGGUUUUGGAGUUAAUGGCUACAGGUUUUUUGAGGGGAGGAUCUGGAUUUCUCAAAAGUGGAGGAGAAAUGUUAAAAGGUGGAGGUUCCAUCAGUCGUGAAGUGAGAGUUGGCGUUACGCAGGCAUAUGUGGUUUUUGUCACCGCACUAGGAGGACAGUGGCUGGAGAGAAAUUUUGCCACUUUUCUAUCUCAUGUUCUAGAACUUGUUUCACACCCACGUGCUACCCAGACACACGUGGAAGCGGUGUACUCUCGUAGAUGUGUUUCAUUUAUUUUGAGAGCCACUGUUGGCAGUCUGUUAGGGGAGAAAGCUCAAAAUGCAGCAGCUAAAGAAGUCUGCCAGGCCAUCAGUAAACAGAUGAAAUCUGUAGAAGCUGUAGUGAAUGAUGCCAACAAUGAAAAUAAGGCUGGUACUGCUGAUGUGUCUGCUAGUCAGCAUAUCAUGGUAUGUGCCUUGCAGGAGCUUGGUAGUCUGGUGCAAAGCCUGAGCUCUACUGCUUCUCCACUCAUUCAGGAACCUUCAAUAGGACUCCUGGAUACUGUGACAUCUGUUCUUCUUCACCCUAGUAUGGCAGCCAGGCUGGCGGCUGCUUGGUGUUUGCGUUGUGUUGCUGUGGCUCUGCCCUUUCAGCUUACCCCACUUCUUGACAGAUGUGCAGAGAGACUGAAUAAUCUUAAGAACUCCCCUGAAGCAGUCAGUGGUUAUAGCUUUGCCAUGGCUGCUCUUCUUGGCAGUGUACAUCAGUGCCCUCUUGGAAUUCCUCAAUCUAAGGGAAAGAUGGUUGUUAGUAUAGCAGAAGACCUGUUACGCACUGCCUCACAGAACAGCAGACUAUCUCUACAACGCACUCAGGCUGGCUGGCUGUUGCUUGGGGCUCUCAUGACAUUAGGUCCCUCUGUCGUGAGAUAUCAUCUUCCUAAGAUGCUUUUGCUGUGGAGAAAUGUGUUUCCUCGUUCUCUGAAAGAGCUAGAGGCAGAGAAGGCAAGAGGAGACUCUUUUACAUGGCAGGUGACUCUGGAAGGACGUGCUGGAGCACUGUGUGCUAUGCGGAGUUUUGUUGCUCACUGUCCUGAGCUGCUAACAGAAGACGUGAUAAGGAAGUUGAUGACUCCAAUCGAGUGUGCAAUGACCAUGAUGUCACACAUCCUUUCGGUAAUAAAAGCACAUGGGUCCCACCUUAAGGCAAGUGCUGCAAUGGUCCGUCUGAGGCUCUAUGACAUUUUGGCAUUGUUGCCUCCCAAGACAUAUGAAGGGAACUUCAAUGUACUCCUCCGUGAACUAGUGUCAGAAUUCACUUUAACUGAUAACUCUUCUAACACUACCACAUCACUUCUCCGCUCCCUAUGCCAUUAUGAUGACAGUGUGCUGCUCGGCUCCUGGCUACAGGAAACGGACCACAAAUCAAUAGAAGAUCAGCUCCAGCCCAAUAGUGCAUCUGGUAGUGGUGCGCUAGAACAUGACCCUUCAUCUAUAUAUCUGCGCAUCCCUGUUGGUGAAGCUGUACCUGGCCCCCUCCCAUUAGGAGUGUCUGUGAUCGAUGCUUCUGUGGCUCUUUUUGGCGUGGUUUUUCCUCAUGUGUCUUUCAAGCACAGGUUGCAAAUGUUGGAUCAUUUUGCGGAAUGUGUGAAACAAGCCAAAGGAGUACGUCAGCAGGCUGUACAGCUAAAUAUCUUCACAGCAGUACUUAGUGCCCUAAAGGGACUGGCAGAAAACAAGAGCACCUUAGGUCCAGAGGAGGUCCGUAAAUCAGCCCUUGCGUUGGUAAUGGGUGCCCUUGAUAAUCCCAACCCAAUACUUAGAUGUGCCGCUGGAGAAGCCCUAGGCAGAAUGGCUCAAGUGGUUGGAGAGGCAACGUUCAUUGCAAGGAUGGCUCAAUUCAGCUUUGAUAAGCUGAAGUCGGCUCGGGAUGUAGUUUCACGAACAGGCCAUUCUCUUGCCCUUGGUUGCUUGCACCGUUAUGUUGGUGGAAUUGGUUCAGGCCAGCACCUGAAGACCUCUGUCAGUAUUCUACUGGCUCUAGCCCAGGAUGGAACCUCACCAGAGGUUCAGACAUGGUCUCUUCACUCACUUGCAUUAAUAGUGGAUUCAAGUGGGCCCAUGUACCGUGGCUAUGUGGAACCAACACUGUCUUUAGUUCUCACACUUCUGCUGACUGUUCCUCCUUCACACACAGAAGUACACCAGUGCUUGGGUCGUUGCUUGGGUGCUAUAAUAACCACUGUGGGUCCAGAAUUACAAGGCAAUAAUGCCACUAUAUCCACCAUUCGCUCUUCUUGUCUUGUGGGCUGUGCCAUUAUGCAGGAUCACUCAGACUCUUUGGUGCAAGCAGCAGCCAUUUCCUGCCUUCAGCAGCUUCACAUGUUUGCACCCCGUCAUGUCAACCUGUCUAGCUUGGUUCCCUGCCUCUGUGUUCACCUCGGCAGUUCCCAUCUUCUGUUGAGACGUGCAGCUGUUGCCUGUCUUAGGCAGCUAGCACAGAGGGAAGCAGCAGAAGUAUGUGAAUAUGCCAUGAAUCUCGCAAAGAAUGCUGGAGACAAAGAAAUCAGUGGAAUCAAUAUAAACAUAACAGACACUGGCCUAGAAGGAGUACUUUUUGGGAUGCUGGAUCGAGAAACUGAUCGAAAGUUGUGCUCAGACAUCCAUGACACCUUAGGACAUAUGCUGUCCUCCUUGGCUGUAAACAAAUUAUCUCACUGGCUGCUGUUAUGCAAAGAUGUGUUGGCAGCCACCAGUGACUUGGGCACCACCACCAUGGUAGCUGGAGUAAAAGAUGAGGAUUCUGAGAAGAAGGACGAAAUGGAUGAUGACACAAUGUUUACUACUCUUGGAGACGAUGAUAAAGCCAAGCCGUUUGUUGCCCCACGCUGGGCCACCCGUGUGUUUGCCGCAGAUUGUCUGUGUCGUAUAAUUAUGCUGUGUGAGAAUACAGAUAAAUCACACUUUGACCUGGCUACAGCUCGCACAGCAAAACUUAAAAAUCCAAAAAGUGACCUGUUAGUUCUUCACCUCUCGGAUCUUAUUCGCAUGGCUUUCAUGGCUGCCACUGAUCACAGUAAUCAGUUACGUAUGGCUGGCUUGCAAGCCUUGGAAGACAUCAUCAAGAAGUUUGCUUCCGUGCCAGAACCUGAGUUUCCUGGCCAUGUGAUUCUGGAGCAAUAUCAAGCUAAUGUUGGAGCUGCAUUACGACCAGCCUUUUCCCAAGACACACCUUCAGACAUCACUGCAAAAGCUUGUCAGGUGUGUAGCGCUUGGAUUGGAAGCAAAGUUGUCAGUGAUUUGAAUGAUCUGCGCCGAGUGCACAAUCUGUUAGUUUCUUCCUUAGAUAAAGUGCAAACAGGGAAAGGAGCACCCAGCCCACUGUAUCGCGAGAGUGCCAUGACAAUGGAAAAACUAGCUGUGUUAAAAGCUUGGGCAGAGGUGUAUGUUGUUGCCAUGAAUAUUAAAAAAGAAGCAGAGAACAAACCCACCAAAACAGUGAAGACAAAUGAUGAAGAUGAUGAUUAUUAUAGCACCACUGAUGAGCUUCCUCCUGACAGUUUGAUAACACUGGUGGAGCCAGAACUCCCAACUCUUAGCAGACUGUGGCUAGCAGCAUUGAAAGAUUAUGCUCUCCUCACCCUGCCACCUGAGUUUGCCAGUCAGCUUCCUCCAGAUGGUGGUGCAUUUUAUACUCCUGAGACUAUUGACACAGCCAGGCUGCAUUAUCGCAAUUCGUGGGCUGCUAUCCUUCAUGCAUUGGCUCUUUGGCUCAACUGUACUGGAUUUAACAAUUCAGAGGUUAUGGAGGAAGCAACAGUGUUAAGUUCUCAGAAACGCAGCACCACUGUGACUCUGAACCAGUCAGCAGGAACACCACCCAGUACCAAGUCUCUGACUGAUCUCAACAAGGAUAGAAUGCAUCUCAUUUUUGGUAUCAGCAUCCAGUUCUUCUGCGCACCCCGGCCAGAGGAGCCCAUUGACCAUGUAACAGCAUGUCUUCAGGCCCUGCACAUACUGCUGGAGUCACCAUUUGCCAGAAAACACAUUGCAGAAGACCAGGUUAUCGGAGUGGAGCUACUGAAUGUUCUACAUCGCCUGCUCCUUACCUGGGAUCCUCCUUCAGUACAGCUGCUUGUGACUACAGUUGUCCAGCAGAUUGUAAGAGCUGCUCAAGAUAAUUUGCAGGAGCAAAGAAAUGCACAAAAUAAAGAUGACACCAGUGAAAAAGAAACACAGCCACCUUUAGGAGAAGGUGAGGAAAGCGGUGGUCUAAUGCCAGGUAAAUCUCUGGUUUUUGCUGCAAUGGAGUUGCUGAUGUUCAUCUUAGUGAGACACAUGCCACAGCUCAGCUCCAAGAUGUCAGACUCUCCAAGCCACCUUGCCACCAAAACACAGCAGCUUUCGGAGGAGAGUGCACGUUUGGUUGCAUCCACAGCGACAAUCUUAGCUGAACUCCCAUCACUGUGCUCACCAGCAGGAUGUAUGACCAUUCUGCCUACAAUCCUCUAUCUAAUUACAAAAAUUUUGAAAGAGACAUCAAUAAAAUCUGCAGACAAUCAAGUACCCAUACCUGUCAGUGCCUCUUUACAAGGCAUAAAAACUAUUGUCACCUCUUCUGUGGCUAAGACAGAAAAGACUAAAAAAAAAUGGACUGAUCUGAUCCGGAGUACUCUAGCUUCCAUUUUGGAACACACUCAACCAGGUGACUCCAAGCAUAAGGUGGAUGAAGUGAAUAUAUUGACAGCCAUUGUGCUUUUCCUCUGGUCGGCAAGUGGAGAGAUUGUUGGGGUGGUGUCACUACAAAAUGGCUGCAUGAACAGAUUCAAAAUGGCUCUAAACUCCAGUGAUCCCCAGGUUCAAGCCAAAUGUUACCAGCUCCUGCUAUCUGUUUUCCAACACCCCAAUAGAGCACUCUCCACUCCUUACAUUCAUGGAUUAGCCCCCAUCAUGGUUGAAAAUCUUAAGGCUGUUGAAAGACAAAGACCAAAUCAACAAGCUGAGCUUAUAGCAGUUCAGGAAGGCAUCAGAGUACUAGAAAAAUUGGUAGCCUUAGGUGAAGAAAAAAAUAGAGUACAGUUACUUGCACUUCUUGUUCCAACUCUAAUUUCCUACUUGCUAGAUGCCAACACCUACAGUUCAGCAUCGCCAGCAUCAAAGGAUCUGCAUGAAUUUGCACUACAGGACCUAAUGCUAAUUGGGCCACUCUACCCACAUGCUUUUAAGACUGUGAUUGGUGCUGCUCCUGAAUUAAAGGCACGAUUAGAAACUGCUAUAAGGGAAAACCAGGCAAGCAAAGCCAAAGCUGCCUCCAGACAACCUGCCCCCACUAUUCAAAGUGCACCCACCAUCAAACUGAAAACAAGCUUUUUCUAAACAAGUUCAUCUGAAUCCAUUGAACCGAGCACAUACACCUAUGGAACCAAUUGCAACCUGAUAGCUUAUCCUUAUACCGACAACUUUUGAAAAAAGUAUUUCAAAUAUCUGAAGCACUAAUGUUGAUCGUUUAAUAUAGAAUAAUUAAUUCUCUAUAAGACUGAUCUCCAAUGGCAGUUGGAGGAUUCAUCUUUUUUUUCCCCAAUACAUUAUAAAUAUUGAAAAACAAUAAACACAUGAUGUCUCACUGAUAUACUCAAGCAUGAUGUGAGUUCGUCUGCACAUAAAGGAAGAUUUGUAAAAUACCGCAUAAAUGCUAUUUUGCAGCAUUUUGUUUUAUUUUUGUAAACGUGCUGUCAGGUGCAGUUGUAAUAUUUUGAUCUAACUGGCAUGUAUGUUCAUCAUGGACUUCAAUUCAAAAUAUUUUCUAUCCCUUUAUUGACACAAGUGAGUGCUGAUUGAUUUUACACACGCUAUAUAA